AUGUUCAAAGGGGCUUUAUACAUGAAGUUUGCUUGGCGUUUUCCAUCUUCAGAUUCAUUAUGGGCAAAAAUUUUUAGAGCAAAAUACUUUAAACAUGGAAUUUUGGAUAUAGGUAAUUUAAGUUAUAUUGGGACUCGUUUCUGGAGGUCAGUGAGAGGUUGUCUUCCUGAGGUUAUUGAACGCAGUCAAUGGAAGAUAAGAGAUGGUUCUUGUUCUUUCUGGUUUGACAAAUGGAUAGAAAGUGGCCCUCUAUGUGCACAAGUAACCCAGGCCGUAGAACCAAAACUGAAAAUUAAUGAAAUUUGUUUACACAAUGGAUGGGAUAUGGUUCGACUGAGAGACCUUGUUGGUGACACUCUAGCUAAUGAAGUUGUAUCCAAGGUCAAGUGGAAAAUGCUUCACACGUUUAAGCUCUGGAGACUAUGCAGACAAGGUGUGGAGGAAAGCUGCUGCCUUGGUGGGUGUGCAGUGGAGGGCAAGAGAAAAUUGGGUGGAAAGAAUCAAUUUAUGGUGGACAAGAGCAAGAAGAUCUUCACAGCUGGGAUGCUUGAUUCCAAGUCUAAUUACUUGGAGGUUUCUCUUAAUUUGUCAAAUGCGAAGGUGUUAACAAGUGAAGAUGAAUAUGACCUUCGAAUGCUUGAGGACAGCCAUGUGAAAGAUCACCAUAGAAUUAAUCUUGAACGAUGUCAUAGCAAUAUCAAUGGAGUCUCCACCUCUCCUUCAGAACCAGGGAAUCCAAAAUCAGGCUUCUUUUAG